UCUAUUCAUCGAACAUGGAUUUUGUUAACUAAUGCACCACGAUGGUGCGGCGAUGUACUAGAUUUACGUCUGUUUUUGUGUUUUUGAUGGUCUGUGCCUCCCUGGUCAGUGUUAUAAAUGUAAGGCAAUUGGGCGUCUCCCUCAAAACGAAACUCCGCGUUGCAAAACUCUCAUUCGGUGCGGCUUCCGGUCUGAACAGUGAGAAACCAACGUGUGAUUCCAAAAGCGGAAACGACAACACAGGACGCAUUUGCAAUGACAAAACGCCAAACGUUAUCAGGGAAUUAACGUAUAAAUUAAGAGGAAACGGUUCUUUAGACUUUUGUCAGGCUGUUCCAGAUUCACUUGAAGGAAGACUUAACAUUUCCCUUGAGGCAAAACUACAAUCUACGUCGCCCCCGGUACUCCAGGAUGUGUCGCCAAGUGGCGCAUGGAGUCCGAAGAGUUGCGUUGCUAGGCAACGGAUAGCAAUCAUCAUACCUUUUCGCGACAGGCAGAAACAUUUGGACAUUUUAGUAUACAAUCUUGUUCCGGUAUUGAAACGACAAAAAGUGGCCUUCAGAAUAUUUGUGGUAGAACAGUUUGGCAACAAAACCUUCAACAAAGGUCGGCUUAUGAACAUCGGGUUUAUGGAAGCGCGGAAGCACGGUGAGUUUGACUGCUUUAUCUUCCACGACGUCGAUCUUAUACCGGAAGACGACAGGAAUAUGUACACGUGCUCUGCGAAUCCUCGUCAUAUGUCCCCGGCCGUGGAUGUCUUGCGUUAUAAAUUGCCGUACAUGGCGCUGGUGGGAGGGGUGCUCAGCAUCAAGGCACAACAUUUUUUCAAGAUCAACGGAUAUUCGAACCUUUACUGGGGCUGGGGCGCUGAGGAUGAUGAUAUGUUUUACAGACUGUCAGCCUCGAAGAUAAGUGUUUUACGCCCCCCUUUCAACAUUGGACGAUAUAAAAUGAUAAAACACGACAAAAACGAUGUUUCCACAGUCAGAUUGCACUUUUUGAAAACAGCGAAAACACGUUACUUAAAAGAGGGUCUCAAUACUUUGGAGUACAAAUUGGUUGAAACCCGGCUUGAGAAGUUGUAUACACGCAUAAUAGCGAAUGUGGGUGAUCCUCCGAAAAAUCAGACUGAAUAUCCUAAAGCGAAUGUGGGUGAUCCGCCGAAGAAUCAGACCGAACAUCCAAAAGCGAAUGUGGAUGAUCCGCCGAAGAAUCAGACUGAAUAUCCAAAAUCGAAUGUGGGUGAUCCCCCGAAAAAUCAGACCGAACAUCCAAAAGCGAAUGUGGAUGAUCCGCCGAAGAAUCAGACUGAAUAUCCAAAAGCGAAUGUGGAUGAUCCGCCGAAGAAUCAGACUGAAUAUCCAAAAGCGAAUGUGGGUGAUCCGCCGAAGAAACAGACUGAAUAUCCAAAAGAGACUGUGGGUGAUCCGCCGAAGAAACAAACUGAAUAUCCAAAAGCGAAUGUGGGUGAUCCGCCGAAGAAUCAGACCGAACAUCCAAAAGCGAAUGUGGAUGAUCCGCCGAAGAAUCAGACUGAAUAUCCAAAAGCGAAUGUGGGUGAUCCCCCGAAAAAUCAGACCGAACAUCCAAAAGCGAAUGUGGAUGAUCCGCCGAAGAAUCAGACUGAAUAUCCAAAAGCGAAUGUGGGUGAUCCGCCGAAGAAACAGACUGAAUAUCCAAAAGAGACUGUGGGUGAUCCGCCGAAGAAACAAACUGAAUAUCCAAAAGCGAAUGUGGGUGAUCCGCCGAAGAAUCAGACUGAAUAUCCAAAAGCGAAUGUGGGUGAUCCGCCAAAGAACUAGACUGAAUAUCCAAAAGCGAAUAUGGGUGAUACGCCUAGGAAUCAGACUGAAUAUCCCAUUGCGGUUGUGGGUGAUCCGCCAAGAAUCAGACUGAAUAUUCAAAAGCAGGUGUUGGUGAUCCGCUGAAGAAACAGACUGAACAUCUAUAAUCGGAUGAGGGUUAUCAACCGAAGAAUCAGACUAUCCAUUUUUAUAACAUAAGGCGUCCUAGGCGGUGUGUUGGAACAUAGCAAUUAUCUCUGUUCGCUACCUGCACUCAGUUAAGAAUAAAGUUGUCUUCCCUCGAAUUAUUCAUUGUGUUGAACGAACACUAAUGCACAGAGUACUAUGUACAAUUUCCGGGCAAGUAGAAAAUUAACUACAAAAGCUACGGCUAGCCACUAAGAGACUGUUUCAAGGUUGAAACAUCAGUUUAAAAAGCAUGGGAGCCUUAUCAUCUCUAAUCUCCACAGCUAGAGACCGUCAUUUAUGGGUUACCUUAAUUAAAGAUUUUCUUAAUGUUGAUGAACAAAGCAAUAUAACAUUAGCUGCACGCCAGCUACUUGAGGUUUGGCAUUGAGGGGAAAAGACAUGACAAUUGUUUGUUUUAUUGUGCCGAACCCACUGUAACGGGGAAGAUAAGCUAGUAAAUGUAACAUUUUGUCCUUCGAUUUAUCCGAAUGUUACACGUUGCCAAAUAUCAUAGCAUGUAAUGAUAUUCCAUGCAACAAAUAUGAUAAUUGCACACCUGCCAAUGUCAGGGUAUUUACACAUUUAUAUGAUGUUUUUUCUCAGUCUGAUGAACAUGCUCAUAUACCACUUUUAGUAGUUAGAGAUAUUAUUGUUGUCCAUCUUGGUUAAGACCAAAUCGUAGAUCCACAUAGAGCACCGUUUUCACAACGAUAAAGCUUAGACUGGGCUGUCAUUGUUGGUCUUUAUUUCGGCGACACAACCAAGUGAAUGUUAACAUGACUUAUUUAAUGGCAAAUGGUUAAGCAUCUUUGUUUAUGCCCUGUGAUUAUAUUUACGCAGUUGUCUAAAAAUUAGGUUUUAUGUAUGAUCUAGUGUUUUUGAAAUAUCCUGAUGAUAAUAAGCGUUCAUGAUCUG